AAGCCUGUCGGAGGAUGUUUUCCUUAACAGAAUAUYCCAAAAACCUCACAAUCAGUGAGCGUGGAGUAGCUGUSGAGCAGUGAGCGCACGAUGAGCCCUCUCAGUGCUAGUGUUGAGUUCAGGUGGAAGUUGGAGAGCAUUUUGGAGUAGCUCCUUAACAAAAGCUUGAACAUCCCAUCUGUCCCAUUCCUCGGUGCUUGAUAUGUUCCUGAUAUGUUUUUAAAUUGUUCCACCUCAGCCUGUUUGCACAUUGUCACAUUUGUCUGUCAGGUUCAUCUCUCUGAAGAAGGUAUUGAAGCGCUCGUUCAUGGUAGUGUCUUUAUUAGUCCUGUUUUUGAAUGUCAUUAGCUUGUCUCCUCUCUCUUUAACAGAUGUCUCCAGUCUUGCCAGAUAAAGCUUGCUUUGAGAGUAGUUUUUCUAGCUUCGUCAUUAUAUUACACUGGGUCACGUGCAUUAGCUUCUGCAGCUACACUCGUUUGCAUCAGUUAGCUGUUUCAAGUUCUCACUUUUGUCCUUGUUGUGGUUGUUUGUUUGUUUGUUUGUGACCUUGCUUCUGACAGAUGAUGCCAUAUUGUUCUGAAUAAAAUCACAGUUUUGCGGUUGUUAGGAAAUUACAUUUAGCUGAUGGAAUCCUCUCUCUAUGCUGUUGCUGCAGCAUGACAUCACCAGAACUCAGCCUUUUUAAGACGUAUUGGGCUGAAAUUUGUUGUGGUGAUAGCCGAGAACAAUCCUUGUCACAUACUGAGUCCAAAUCAAAGAUUCAAGAUGGCUGCUAUAAGUAAACAGAAGAAUUGACCAAAGCUCAGUUAUUUUUAGCCAUAUUGUGGGGAAAUUUGGAAUGGUUGUUGAUCACAGUGAUGUGAUGUGGACGUCACCCUUUCAUAGUUACAGGAAUUCUUCUAGUUAACUUUAUUGAUUUAGGUCCACAGCAUGAUCUUUAGUAACAGCAGAUUUUCACAAUAAGAGAGUGAUUAAACCAGUUUUAAAUCUGACCUGAAAAAUUCUUCAGAAUGUCAGAAACAUUUCCAGCUACCAACGUUCUUUUGUUGGAUUCCUACUAGAAUGCACCAGGGCCUCCAGUGCAGACUGAGCCGUGCUGGUAAAAAAGAUGCAAGUAUUUUAGUGGGAGGCUGCGAGUCCACUGCUGCAAUCUGAGGCUGUGAGAUGAAGUCACAAACACUGCAACUGUAGUCGACUCCCACUCUCCGGCCAGCACAGACAUGCCUUUAUGUGGCUGAGUACCAGCUGGUACCACGGGCUCCUCAUCUUUGUUGGGACUUCAUUUGUUGAUGCCCCUGAAAUCAGGACAUGGAACUAAAAUCGAAGAGCAAACCUGUGGACGUUCUUCUUGGAUGUGUUGCUGCCGUCUGCUUUUGUACAGUUUGUUGGGCUCAAAGACUCUGCACAGUGCCUCCUGGUCCUGUAACCAUACCAGAAAACAACACAGUGGACAUCCAGGUGGUAAAAAUCAUCUCCAGCAGCGAUGUGAGUCUGAAGGUCACAGUGAACCCAGAGGACCUGUUCUAUAUUAAAGGAAACAUCCUGAUGGUGAAGAGAGGUCUGGAUUAUGAGUCUUUGCUCAGUCCGACUCUGGUGGUGUGGGUGAAGUGUACCCGAGCUGGCUCCAGAUCUGUGAACGAGUCUGUAGAGGUUUUGGUUGAGAAUGUGAACGAUAACCCACCAAACUUUGCUCAGAACCACUACGCUCUGGAUGUGAAUGAGCUCAGUCCUGUUAACUCCAGCAUCAGACUGAUUGAAGCAACAGAUGUUGAUUCAGAGCUGCUGUUUUAUCGCCUAGAGCCUGCAACAGACAAACAUUUCCAUCUGGAGAACAUAAACACACCAAAGAUUCUUGUUAAAAGUAUCCUGGACUACGAUGUUGUGCAGAAGAUCUCUCUGGUGUUACAUGUGCAGGACACAUUUAACGGUUCGGCCUCCAACGAGCCGUUCUUCACCUCUGUGGCCACCAUCACAGUUCACGUUAAAGACGUGGAUAACCGCCCCCCAUGGUUUCAGCCGUGUCUGAGGACAAACUUAGGAAUCGCAAAACUGUGCGUCAGCAGUGGCUACAGAGGCAAGGUUAACCUUACUGAGAAGGAGGAAGGCCCACUGGUGCUUGAACCUGGACCUGUGUUCGCCAAGGAUGGAGACAAGAACCGGAGCGAACAGAUCAGCUACAAAAUACUGCGAGGAAAUGAAGGGAAUAUCUUCCAAAUCGACGAGGACACGGGGAACAUCACAAUGCUGAAAGCUGCUGAUAUUGUUGGACCAAUUUUCUUGACUAUCCUGGCAUCGCAGGUGACCAACAGAGAUCAGUUUGCAGUGACGCAGGUGACGUUUGAGGUGAUGAAGAAGAGCAGAAACCCUCCUCGCUUUGAGAAAGAGCGAUAUGAAGGCUAUAUCUACAGUAACUCUGUUCCAGAGUGCAUGAUUCUCCGAGACCGAAACACCAACCGACCGUUCAGGGUCCGGGCCCGCGAUGAGGACUUUGCCAAUGGUGUGAAUCCAGAUGUGAAAUAUGAGGUUCAGUACAGCAGCUAUGUCAACGUGACCCCCGACGGGUUUGUCAUCCUGAAAAGAGGUGUAAAGACAGAGUCGUUUGCACUUCAGCUCCGGGCAGUGGAUGCAACAACAGGCGAGUUUGGAACUACAGCGCUCGCUGUUCAGGUCAUACCUGCUGUAGCCACGCCCUCCUCAGCAAACAUCGGCUAUCGUCCAGGUGACAUGGCCCUGCUUGGGCUCAUCAUGGCGGCUCUUCUGGUCCUGUGUCUCAUCGUGAUAGGCUUCUUAGUUUCUCACCUGUGGAAAGGAAACGCAAGUGUGGCGAAAAUAUGUGAGUGCCUCGGGCCCUGCCUUCAGUCGGACCAGCCUCGGUCCGGUCACAGAGACUCCCUGCAGUUCACCAACGACGGCUUCCAGAACGAGAGCGACCCCAGCCGAGGGGUCACCAGGUGCUGGAACAACAUCGUGCCCAGGCGCAGCACCCUCCCUCAGCCCAGGAGCCGGAUCCUCCCUCUGGAGAGGCAGCGCCGCCACUGCUCCGCCUGCGGCAUCUACACCAACCACAUCCCCAAGGGGAGCCCCUCGGUGAGGAGAGGCAGAGGGGAGGAGAACCAGUAUGGCAUGAAGUCAAUCCUGGCCAAGCGGCACCGCAAGGAGGGCCAGAAGACGGUGUGGUUCAAGGAGAGCGAGGACUCCUCGGACAUCGAAGUGGAGAUCAUCCCAGACACGGUGGGUCGGGUGGAGGAGGAGACUGAGGAGGAGCUGGAGGUGGAGAUGGAGGGGGUGAUCAGAGACCCAGCCGCCCCGCUGACAGAACACAGUGUGCAGGAGGGUUCGAACAAUGACCUGAGCCAGGAGCAGAACCAGGAGCAGAACCCCGGAGAAACGAGCUCCGACAAAACAGAUGGAGACUCAGAGAAGUGCUGACAGAGCUCCAGCUGAGCAGCUACAGUCGAGGCAGACAUCUCCAUCAGCUGCCAAACACCAACACAUCCAAGGAUCUGAAAAUGUGAGAAUUUUAAACUCUGGCUCAGAGGUCAGCCAGGUGUCAAAAACAUUUCUGUUGUUUUGGUUAAUAUUUGUUCCAGACUGUUAAACUCAUUACGUUUUCUGCAACAACACUGGUAAUAUUUCUGAGCUGUGUCACUUUUUAAAGAAUUCUUUGUUGAAAUUUUAUACGUUAAUUAUUGGAAGACAGAGAAGAAAACRUAAAAUAAAACAAGUUAAGAUGUUUAUUUUCAGUUUUAAGCAGAGACUGACCUUUUGUAAUAACACACUGAUGUCGCCCCAUGUGCACAUUAUUGGACUGUUGCCUGAAAUACAAACAUGUAAAGUUAAAAUCUAGAGUUUUUUGAAAAAGAGGCAAAAAUAACAAACUUGGAUCUAUUUUUGCAGAGGGAUGUGUGAUACUCAGGCUAUGCUUGUGAACUACAUUUAAAACACUAAAGAGUUUUUCAAUUA